CGCGGCGAGGCGGCCGCGAGGUGGUGGUACAGCAGCGUGUCGUCCACCAGGCCAGCAGCACCGUUGUCUACCCGACGUUGACGGCGACGAACUAUUUCGAGUGGGCGCUCAUCAUGAAGGUGAACAUGGAGGCCCAAGGCGUGUGGGACGCUGUCGAGGGUGGCGGGAGCUUUAGCGAGGAUAGGGUGGCGCUAGCGGCAAUUUUGCGAGCCGUGCCACCGGAGAUGCUCUCCACGCUUGCCGUGAAGGCGACGGCAAAGGAGGCAUGGGACGCCAUCAAGACCAUGCGUGUGGGCGAUGAGCGUGUCCGUGAGGCCAA